GGAGCGGGGCGGCGGGCCCGGCGCUGCCUGCGGCCGCGGGUAGGUCGGCGGCGGGUAACGUGACAUCGGCGGCUCGGGGUUUAUAAACCUUACCCGGGGCGCGGGCUGGCGGCGCGCAGCCGAGGUGAGCGGGACCCGGGUACAGACAGACAGACGGACGGACGGGCCCGGGUAGCGCGGCGAGCCUGGCCCCGCGGGGUCCGUGUCUCCCGGGGUCGCUCGGUGGGUCGGGUCCGGCCGCAUCUCCCCGAGCGCGGACUCCGGAGAAGCCAAUGCCCAGGCUGGAGAGCUGCGCCUGGAGCUGUUCCUGCACGGCCCGGGGAAGGCACAGGAGGCAGCUGGGGGACACGGCGGCGGGGCUGGCCGCCAAGGUGGGCGAGAUGCUGGGCUCCUCCGUGUCCAGCCCCUCGCUGGCGCGGGCGGGGCGCGGAGCUCGCAGCCCCAGCACCUCCAGCGCCAGCAGCGCCAGCAGCACCUUGAACUGGAGUCAGCACCUGGUGCAGAGGAGCGUGGUGCUCUUCGUCGUGGGUGCUUUCAUGGCCCUGGUGCUGAACUUGCUGCAGAUCCAGCGCAAUGUGACUUUGUUCCCCGACGAGGUGAUUUCUACUCUCUUCUCCUCCGCCUGGUGGGUGCCCCCGUGCUGCGGCACAGCAGCAGCUGUGGUUGGCCUGCUGUACCCCUGCAUCGACAGCCACCUCGGGGAGCCCCACAAGUUCAAGCGGGAGUGGGCCAGCGUCAUGCGCUGCAUCGCCGUCUUCGUGGGCAUCAACCACGCCAGUGCUAAACUAGACUUUGCAAACAACGUCCAGCUGUCCCUGACUCUGGCAGCCUUGUCACUGGGGCUUUGGUGGACAUUUGAUCGUUCAAGAAGUGGUCUCGGACUUGGAAUAACAAUAGCCUUUGUAGCAACACUGAUAACCCAGUUUCUUGUAUAUAAUGGUGUUUAUCAGUAUACAUCCCCAGAUUUCCUUUACAUCCGUUCUUGGCUUCCAUGUAUAUUUUUCUCAGGAGGUGUGACUGUAGGAAACAUAGGACGCCAGCUGGCUAUGGGUAUUCCAGAGAAACCACACAAUGACUAAACCUUUGAAGAAUACCCAGUGCCAGUGUGAAAGCAACAUUAUGAAGAUGUGUUCCUUUUUAAAACUGAAGAUUAUUUAGAAGAAAUAAUCUCUUUAUGGGCUCACUGCACAAAUGACUUGUGGGAAAAAAAUAUUAAUCCACUCUUAGAAUAGCCAAGUGAAAUUAACUGCUUAUCUUGAAAUCUUACCCUGAUUUACCACAUAAGCAUUUGCAUAUGGCUGUUCUCUGGAGAGUUUAACACCAAGUGCAUACAACUGUUGAGGCUAAGUGGCAGUUCUCCAAGUAUUAGAUUCCACUGUAAGUUAUUGAAUCAGCUGCCAUGUUUUAAAGCCUUGAAACUGAAAUUUAAUUACAAGCUCUUGUAUCAGUGCCCAAAGGAAGUAGAUCGAUGGUGCUUAACAAUGAUGAAGUAUGGUUUAAUAGGAAUAGUAUUUAUCCAAAUCUUUAAAAAAUAGGGUUAUUUAAAAAUAAGAGUGAUCCAAACAGAUUAAAGGCAUUGCACUAAUGCUUUUAGGAGUCUUAUGAAGGAAUCAUGCCCUUACUUGUAAUGCUGCAUUAAGUUUCUGUCUUUGACAGUGGAGAGGGUUUGAGGGAUGAGAGGUUGGAAACCUUAGUUUGGAAUUUCUAAAUUGCUUCAGUAUGAGAACUGAACACUGGAGACAAUCUUGUUCAAACGUGAAUCUUUAUCAAGAGAUUCCAACUGGAAAUUUCAUUACUCCUGAGGCUUGCAGUUAGAUUUGCAAGAAUCAAGUUCUGGCCACAGUUCAGUAAGAAAUCUAAGUGUGUGUGACUACCCCUGCUUAAUGUUAGACACCUGCUUCAGUGCCUCACCAAAGGACAUCUUAAGUAUCUCAGAUGUCUGGUGUCACUGAAAAAACAUGCAUUGCAUGUCAUUGCUUGGCCAUCAACUUCUUCCAUUUGUCAUUUCCUCCUAGAGCUGUCCUUUGAAUCCAGGUUUGGACUGAAAUAAUUAGAAACAGAAUUGGGCCUCAAAUGUGAUUUAAACUGUAUAUGAAGAAUAGCAAACAGCUUGUUUUCUCAGAUCAGGUUCUGAAAGAGAUCACUACUUGUUUUUACACAACCCUAUAGAACUUGCAAUCUGUGAUUGCCUUCUUAAAAACAAAAAGUGCUUAUGUCACUGCAUUAAAUAUUUGGUGUUUCUUAAUACAUAGUUCUGGUGAGCACAACAUAUUCAUUUGAUAGCUUAGACCACAGGAGACCUAAAUAGCAAGUAUUAGGUCUUAAAAGUUGAAGUGCAAUGUACAGUAAGUCUGAGCCUCAAGUUCUCUUCAAUAUCGAUCAUUUCUUAUGAGAGAUUAAAGAGAAAAGGGUUCUGAGUUCAUUUCAAUGCUGCAUGGAGUCAAAUGGAGCAAUAAUUUAUUUAACUAGUAAAGCUAGUUUUGUUGUAUCUUACAUUGAACCCAAAUUUUUAGAAAUACUCCAGUUUUGUGGUUAUGGUGUACUUGUAAACUUUUAUGGAUUUGCCUUUUUGUAUUAAGUUUGCUUUUUUUUUUUUUUUUUUUUUUCCUUGUGUUCUUUUCCAAUCUUAUAUGGCUUGAGUUAUAGUUAGAGGCAUCAGUUAAAGGUUGAACCAUCAAAACAGAAGUUGAGGCCAGGUCUCUGUUCUGGCUGGUUUUGCACUUCUGAGGGAAUGCUAGCAACAAAAGUUUAGCACAAAAUCUAUACUACAGAGCAGACCCCAAUUCUAAUCUUGCUUUGGUGUAAAUCAAGAGUAAUUUCGUUGGUACAAGAUCAGAUCCUUCCUCAAAUGUUCAAAACCUAAAUAAUCAAAUUCUGUAACUACUUGAAGAGAUCAGGAUGGGUUCUGAACUGUUUAAGCUGCUGCCUUGCUGGAGAUACAGCUUUGUAACCAUCUUGAAACCCAUUUCAAAAUGUUAUAAAACCAGACUUAAGUAAAGCUGGCAGUGAUCUCUAUGGAUAUUUGGUAGAGAAGUAUCUAAGAUUUGUAAAGACUGAAACUAAAUCUGUACCUAUUAGAAAUAAUGCAGCCAAAAAUGUAAGUCAAAAGUUCAUUUUUUGCCAAUACUUCUGAGUAUCUUAACCAAAGUGAUUUAAGUUUGGAAGAGGUGGGGAGGGGAGUGAAGAAAAUUUGCACUAUUCUGAAUUUGAACACUUAAAUUCUCAUUCUUACUGAUAAGUUUUCAGCGAUGUGUUUGGUUUUACACUUUUUUUACUAUUAAAGUUUUAAGAUCAAA